AUGAACAGUUUCCAAGCACCACCACGGAUCCUUGAUUAUGUGGAAUCUGUCAUUGUGUUCUAUGGUAUCCGUACCUAUCUUGCCUCUCGAAAAGGCCAAAUUGACAGAUUAACAUGGCCCCAUCCGGCUGAAGCGACGGAAAUGACGCCGUCGUGCCCACGCGCCGCCUCGGGAGAGCAUGGGCCAGCAGCCAAAGCUCAACCCCUGCAUACUUCCCCCCUCUUUACGGCUUGCAGCCCCCCGUGGCCCCCCUCAUCUCAGGGCGAAAGACGGGAUGGCACUGCUUAG